AUGGAAGAAGAUUGCUGCAAGUGGCAAGGUGUGGAAUGCGACGCUGCAGGCCGUGUUAUCACUUUGCAGCUCGACUACGAGGCUCUUUCAGGUACCAUUGAGGAUCUAUCUACGCUUUCAAGCUUUAUAUACCUGAAGAAGCUAAACUUAGGAUACAAUUCACUCAGUGGGAGCAUCCCACCAUCUCUUUUUAGCCUUCCCUCACUGCAGCAACUUAAACUUUCCAACAACAAUUUUAGUGGCCAUGUUGAUGAGUUUCUGUCUCCUAGUUUCUCUCACUUGGAAGAGCUAGAUUUGAGUGGAAACCGCCUUGAAGGGCCUAUUCCCAACUCUUUCUUUAACCUGGCUAGCCUUCAGCUUCUCUCGCUCACUAACAACUUCUUCAAUGGCACUUUUCGACUUGACAAGAUCAGAAGGCUUCAGAAUCUCACAACUCUUAAUCUUUCCCAUAACAACCUAUCUGUUGAUGUAAACAACAUCAACUCACCUUUUUCUACAUUUCCCCAACUCUACCAAUUGAGCCUAGUUUCUUGCAACCUUUCCGAUUUCCCUGAUCUUCGCAGCCAAUCUAGUUUGCGAUUUUUGGACCUGUCAAACAACAGACUCAGAGACGAAAUUCCCAACUGGAUAUGGGAGAUAGGGAGUGGAGAGUUUUGGCAAUUGAAUCUUUCUUGUAAUCACUUUGUGGAUCUACAGAAGCCUUAUAGAAUUCCUGAUUCUCUUCAAGUUCUGGAUUUGCACUCGAAUCAUCUCGGGGGUGAGUUGCCCUUGCCUAAAGAAAGAGCUCUGUACAUAGAUUACUCAAACAACAAGUUUGACAAGGCCAUUCCAACCAACAUUGGAACCUACCUUUCCAAUCUCAUUUUUUUCUCUGUUUCGAGUAAUAGUUUGAGCGGAACAAUUCCAUCCACCCUCUGCGAAGCUGCGUAUCUUCAAGUUGUUGAUUUGUCUUUUAAUAACCUGAGUGGUAAUAUACCUCCUUGUCUGCUCCAAAACACUGAGAAUCUUGGGGUGUUCAGCCUGAGGAGCAACAACAUCAGUGGUGAUAUUCCAGAUGAAUUCUCUGAAAAUUGUGGCCUAGAAACUUUGGAUUUUAAUGGUAACAACUUAGGAGGAAAAAUUCCAAAGUCCUUGGAAUACUGCACUUCAUUAACUGUGUUGAAUGUUGGAGAUAACAACAUCGAUGGGGGCUUCCCGUGCAUGCUUCCCUCUAGCUUACGCGUGCUUGUCUUGCGCUCCAACAAAUUCCAUGGAGAGAUCACAUGCACCAAACAUUGGCCUGAUCUUCAAAUCAUGGACAUAUCUUCCAACCACUUCAGUGGCUCUCUCUACCAAGUGGGAUUCUCGAGUUGGAGCCGAAUGGUGCUAGGCAGCGAUGGGCAGUCAAGGCGAGAGCAACUCCACUUUGACUUUCUGAAUCUGAAAAACUUCUACUACCAAGACGAGGUGACACUAACGAUCAAAGGCUCGAAGCUGAAGCUUCCCAAGAUUUGGACAGAGUUUACAUCUGUUGAUUUCUCUGAUAAUGAUUUCCAUGCAGAGAUACCAGAAGAAAUAGGUUAUUUGAGCUCGCUUGUUUAUCUCAACUUAUCCCACAAUACCCUCACCAGCACAAUCCCAAGGUCGUUGGGGAACAUGGAGGCCCUUGAAGCACUUGAUCUCUCAGUGAACCAACUAACAGAGAUGAUCCCGGUUGAGCUUGGACAUAUCAAUAACCUUGCAGUCUUCAAUGUGUCCUACAAUAAGCUGGUGGGACGGAUACCGGAUAGUCCUCAAUUUGCAACAUUUGAAUAUUAUUCAUUUGAAGGAAACGCAGGGCUAUGCGGUUUUCCUAUGGGCAUAAGCUGCAGUGACCGUGAUCCACGAGAACAUGAAAACCAGCAGAGAGAUGGAAAGUCGAAUAUGGAGGAGAAUUAUAUAUCUGGUGAGGUUGGAUACAUUGUGGGGUUAGGAAGCACCAUAUGGCUACUUGUGUUGUGCCCAUGUUUGAGAGAAAUGUACUUUGGAAAGGUAGAUGAGGUUCUUGCAAACAUAUCCGACCGCCAACCAAGGAGAAGAAUAGCAGCCAUGAAUCAACAUAGGAGGAGACAAUAG